AUGGCCACCCUCCAACGAUCGGCCAUCUUCGAGGCCAUCCAAAAGCACGACGCCAACAGCACCGCCGUUGUGCAUUCGGACUCGGGUCGGAGCUUCAAAUAUGGCUCGAUCCUGCACGAUGUGGCCGCAGCAAAGGAUCAUCUGCUGCGAGCCACGGGCAAGAAAGAAGACGGCAUUGCGGGCGAGCGCGUGGCAUUCUUGGUCGAGAAUGGCUACGAUUAUGUAGUCACCCUCCUGGCCGUCAUGGGUUCCAAUGCCAUAGCUGUGCCUCUUGCGCCCUCCUUUCCCGCCUCCGAACUGCGAUAUCAGCUGAAUCACAGCGGAGCUCUUGCUCUACUCCACUCGGACAAAUUCGAGAAGGUUGCCAAAGAGGUGCUAAAAGAGGGAAUUGACGCAAGCCCUGUCAGCGUGAAUGUGCCCAAAAUUGCUGAGCGCGAGCCCAUCCCCGGUGAGCAAGUCACAUUGUCUUCUCCGGCGGAAGAGAAGAGCGGAAUGAUGCUCUACACCUCAGGCACCACUGCCCGUCCCAAAGGCGUCCUUCUUCCGCAGUCUGUGCUGGCAGCACAGUGUAAGAGCUUGAUAAAAGCCUGGGAGUACACACCCAAGGAUCAUCUCCUACACGUGCUUCCGCUGCACCACAUUCACGGCACAGUAAACGCUCUCUUGACACCUCUCCUAGCAGGUAGUACCAUUGAGUUUAUGUUUCCUUUCAACGUCGACGCAGUCUGGAAACGCUUUGCUGCUCCCUUCCUACCGUCCUCUCAUGAAUCUCACAAGAACCUCCCAGCCAUAACCUUCUUCACCGUUGUCCCCACCAUCUGGUCUAGAAUGCUCCAGACACAUCCCAAUCUUCCAAAGGACAUGAGAAUUGCGGCAGACGAAGCCAUCCAGCGUAAACACUUGAGACUGAACAUCUCUGGCUCCGCAGCUCUGCCAACACCUACAAAAAAGAAAUGGACCGAGGCAUCAAGCGGAAAUGUGCUGCUGGAACGAUACGGCAUGACAGAGGUGGGCAUGGCCCUAUCCUGUGGACUGGCCGACGAAGAUCGAAUUGAUGGAAGCGUAGGCUGGCCACUUCCCUCUGUCGAAGCUCGUCUUGUCGAUCCUGACACCAAGGAGAUCAUCGAGCAUGGCCAGGACGAGGAUGGAGAUGGCAAGCAGAGAAGCGGUGAAAUCCAACUCCGUGGACCAACAAUCUUCAAGGAGUAUUGGAACAACGAAGAGGCUACGAAAAAGGAAUUCACAGACGACGGCUGGUUUAAGACUGGAGACAUCGCCGUACGAAAGCCCGUUGGAGGCGGUCAAGGGGCAAGCGGAGACUGGGCCAAAGGAGCAGCUUACUUUAUUCAGGGCCGCAAGAGUGCGGACAUCAUCAAGACUGGUGGCGAAAAGGUCUCUGCUUUGGAGAUUGAACGAGAAAUGCUUUCACUCCCCCAGGUCAGUGAAGUUGCUGUUGUCGGACUGCCUAGUGAAACGUGGGGUCAAAAAGCUGCGGCUAUUGUUGUUCUCAGCGAUGAGGGCAAGACAGCAGGCAAGGGAGGAAAGGCAUGGGGUGCGCUGGACAUGAGGAGAGCUUUGCACGGGAAAUUGGUCGGAUACAAGAUCCCGCAGGAUCUGCAGGUGGUGAGUUCAAUCAAAAGGAACGCCAUGGGCAAGAUCAACAAGAAGGAAUUGAUAGUGGAGGUAUUUGGAGAUCAGGAUAGGAUCAGAAGGAGAAGCAUUGAGGUUGGAGAGGAGCGCAAGGCGGCAAAGGAGAAGGUAUGA